AUGGGAACCUGUAAUUGGUCAAUUGUGAAGGUAUCUACUGUUAUCCAACUAUUGAACAACAUUGGUUCCAAAAGGGAAGUUGAACAAUAUUUGAAAUAUUUCACUUCUGUGUCCUCUCAACAAUUUGCUGUUAUCAAAGUUGGUGGGGCUAUUAUUACCCAACAUUUACCAGAGCUGGCCUCUUGUUUGGCCUUCUUGUACCAUGUUGGUUUAUACCCAAUUGUUUUACACGGUACUGGUCCUCAAAUCAACGAAUUGUUAGAGGCUGAAGGUGUCGAACCAGAUUAUGAAGAUGGUAUCAGAAUUACAGAUCCAAAGACUAUGAGUGUUGUUAGAAAAUGUUUCUUGGAACAAAACUUGAAAUUAGUUACUGCCUUGGAGAAAAUGGGUGUCCAUGCUAGACCUAUCACUGCUGGUGUCUUCAAUGCCGAUUAUCUAGAUGAAGCCAAAUAUAAAUUAGUUGGUAAAAUCAACGGUGUCAACAAAUCACCAAUUGAAGCAUCAAUUGCAGCUGGUGCCUUACCAAUCUUGACUUCAUUAGCUGAAACUCCAUCAGGUCAAAUCUUGAAUGUUAAUGCUGAUGUUGCUGCUGGUGAAUUGGCUCGUGUCUUUGAACCUUUAAAAAUCGUCUAUUUGAAUGAAAAAGGUGGUAUUAUCAAUGGUAACACUGGUGAAAAAAUCUCUGCUAUUAACUUGGAUGAAGAGUAUGAUGAUUUAAUGAAAGAAUCAUGGGUUAAAUAUGGUACCAAAUUGAAAAUUAAAGAAAUUAAAGACUUGUUAAUGCACUUACCAAGAUCUUCCUCAGUUGCUAUCAUCAAUGUUAAUGAUUUACAAAAAGAAUUGUUUACUGACUCUGGUGCUGGUACUUUAAUUAGAAGGGGUUACCGUUUAUUGACUAGAUCAUCAUUGUCUGAAUUUUCUGAACCUGAAUUGUUGAGAAAAGCUUUACAAAGAGAUCCAGAAAUUGCUUCCGGUAAAUUAUCAGUUGCUUCUUAUUUGAGAGAAUUAGAAAACACCAAUUUCAAAUCUUAUGGUGAUGAGCCAUUAGAAGUCUUAGCUAUUGUCAGAGAUGGUACUGAAUCAACUGCCAACGUUCCAGUUUUGGAUAAAUUUUUGGCUUCGAAAGCUGGUUGGUUAAAUAACGUUUCUGAUAACAUUUUCCAUGCCAUUAGACGUGACUACACUUCAUUACAAUGGGUUGUUAGAGAAGAUGAUCCAAACACCAGUUGGUAUUUCUCAAAAUCUGAUGGUUCCUACACUAAGAAUGGUCGUAUUCUUUUCUGGUUUGGUGUUGAUAACCCAGAGAGUGUCACUGAAUUGAUCAACAACUUUGAUCAUAGAUAUGCUCGUAUUGCUAAAAGCUCUGCAGAAUCUGGUGUUUUCGCUGGUCAACAAUCAAGAGCAUUUUCCACCAUGAGAAUUAGACAAUCAACACCAUCAACCACUGAAGUUAGAUCAACUAGGAAACCAAUCCAAGGUUUCGCAUCCUCUCAAAAAACUUUUGGUGUUAGAACUUUUGCUACUGAAACUAAUCCAAAUCCUCCAGUUCGUGAAGGUACAAAUACUAAAAAAUCAAGAGUUGCGUUAAUUGGUGCUAGAGGUUACACUGGUCAAAAUUUGAUCUCUAUGAUUAAUUCACAUCCAUUCUUGGAAUUGACACAUGUUUCAUCUCGUGAAUUACAAGGUAAAAAACUAGAAGGUUACACUAAAGCUAGCAUUACUUAUGAAAAUUUGCAAGUUGAAGAUAUUAAAAGAAUGGAAGAACGUAAUGAAGUUGAUGUCUGGGUUAUGGCUUUACCAAACGGUGUUUGUAAGCCAUUCGUUGAAGCUAUUGAAUCUGCUAAUGGUAAUCGUUCAUCUAAAAUUAUUGAUUUAUCUGCUGAUUAUAGAUUUGAUACAACUGGUGAAUGGGUCUAUGGUUUACCUGAAUUAAAUUCAAGAGAAAAAAUUGCUAAUGCUAGAAAAAUUUCAAAUCCUGGUUGUUAUGCUACUGCUGCUCAAAUCGCAAUCAAACCUUUAGUUGAUUACAUUGGUGGUGUUCCAUCUAUUUUUGGUAUUUCUGGUUACUCAGGUGCUGGUACUAAACCAUCACCAAAGAAUGAUGUUAAAAACUUGGAAAACAAUUUAAUCCCAUACUCAUUAACUGAUCACAUUCAUGAAAGGGAAAUUUCUACUCAAUUAGGUACUGAUGUUGCAUUCUCUCCACAUGUUGCCCAAUGGUUCCAGGGUAUUACACAUACUAUCAAUAUUCCUUUAAAAGAACCAUUAACUUCAAGAGAUAUUAGAAAUAUUUAUCAAGACCGUUACCGUGGUGAACAAUUGAUUUCUGUUUCCGGUGAAGCUCCAUUAGUUCGUGAUGUUAGUGGUAAGCAUGGUGUUGUCGUUGGUGGUUUUGCUGUUAAUGCCAAACAAGACAGAGUCGUCAUUGUUGCCACUAUUGAUAACUUGUUAAAAGGUGCAGCUACCCAAUGUUUACAAAACAUCAACUUGGUGUUGAAAUAUGGUGAAUAUGAAGGUAUUCCAGAUGAUUUAAUCAUUCGUGGUUAA